AUGGCGGGGAUUUCUAUUGCUCCCUUUGAGCCACCCAUCUUCGACCCCCAGGAUGGGGCUGGUCUUUGCGCCUUCCUGGCAGACUAUGGAUAUGUCGUGGUCCAGGCUCUGAGCCCGGAAGAAGUGCUGGAGGCAGAGGAGGUGUUUUGGGAAGAAGCUGGCCUUGUGGGCUGGGAUCGUCAGGCCCCCCAAUCAUGGACAGCCAAGGAGAAGUUUGAGACAAUGGCAGGCCGCAGCGACUGCGGGCACAUCAAAGGUUGGGAUCACUCUGCCUUCCAGUGGCAUCUGCGCAAGCUGCCGGGUGUGAGGCUUGCGUAUGCUUCGGUGUGUGCUAGGCUGAGUGAGGCCAUGGGGCCGGAUGACAGGUUGCUCGCGUCCUUCAACUCCAUCAACGUUUUCAGGCCCCAUGGACUGAACCCGGCUUGGCAGACUACAUCCACACCUUGGUUUCACAUUGACAACCCGAAGCCUGACCCAGGAAAGCCCCUGACCCAACAACGGGUGGUUUUUCCUGGAGUUGUCAACCUCAUGGACGUCUCCGCGGACACCGGGGGCUUCUGCUGCAUUCCAAGGUCACACCUCCUCUUCGGCGCGUUGGACAGGGACGCAGGCGACUACCUGGACGUGACGCAGUUCACGAACUUCGUCGACUCCGAGGCAAACCAGCAAACUGGGAACAGCUCCUACACCCAGCCGGUACUGAUUUGCACCGGUGGCCGGCGUGGCACGCUGUUAAUCUGGGACCCGCGGCUUGUGCAUUGCAGCACCUCGAGCCUGACGCCAGCGGAAGCCAACCAACGAGCCAAAGCCCCGGACUUGUUGAGGCUGGCUGCCUGGGUAUCGAUGUGCCCAAGGACGUGGGCCAGCCAAGCAGACUUGGAGGCAAGGCAUGACCUGGUGAAGGGGCGGAUGUGCAUCAGCAGCCACGUACCCUAUGCAGUGACGACCCAACGAAGGAUCGAGUCCAUGGUGUUCUACGACGACCUGUGGGCUGAUGACAUGGCCAUGGAGAUGAUCGGCAUGCCCGGUGAAGAUGAAGAGGUGACCUGA